GGGAAACCCCGUUCUUGAACCCGUAUUAGAACGAAACCCCUCUCGCCUUCUCUUCUCCCCAUCUUUCGUGCUCUCGUUCCUUCGCGCUCUCUCAUGGGUUCGGUUGUGGAGGCGGACGAGGCGGCGGAGAGGUCCUUCGGAACGGCGGUGCCGCCGGCCGCGGCGGAGAUGAUCCAUCUCACCAUGAGCGAAACAGAGCCCAACGCCCGCGACGACGGCGAUAAGGGCCUCGGGAAGAGGGCUAGAGCUUUCGGGGAGGGAGUUGUGAUGAAGCGGCCCAAGUUGGAAGCGGAGGACAGCCCUACGGACGUGCUGACACUCGGUUUCCUUGACCCCUUCACGCCGGAGAUGCCGCCUCUGGCGACGAUAGCGCCUGCUCUGGCGCCGAUCCUUAUGCCCAUGCCGAUGUCUUUUGCAUUGCCGGAGCCGUCGGUGGUACGGGUUUGCCGGAAUUUCUGGAAUGCAGGGGAGUACGAGGGACUGCCGAUGGACGAUUCGACUUCCUUUUCUGUUGGUAUUGAUCAUGUGAGGGUUCACCCCAAGUUUCUACACUCAAAUGCUACAAGUCAUAAAUGGGCUCUUGGAGCAUUGGCUGAGCUUUUGGACAAUUCUUUGGAUGAGGUUUGUAAUGGAGCUACAUUCGUGAAUAUAGAUAUGUUGGAGAAUAGAAAAAGUGGAACUAAAAUGUUGCUAGUUGAAGAUGAUGGAGGUGGAAUGGAUCCAGAUGGAAUGCGGCAGUGCAUGUCUUUGGGCUAUUCAUUGAAAAGCAAAUCAGCAAAUACUAUUGGACAAUAUGGAAACGGCUUUAAGACAAGUACUAUGAGGCUAGGGGCUGACGUCAUUGUCUUCUCUCGUAGUUGUGGAAAACAUGGGCAAAGGGCCACACAGAGCAUUGGAAUGUUGUCCUACACAUUUUUGAGGACCACAGGGAAAGAAGAUAUCGUAGUUCCUAUUAUUGAUUAUGAGAAAGAAGGGGAAGCUUGGAGUAAGAUGAAGCGGUGUUCUUCAGUUUGGAACAAUAAUUUAGAAACUAUUAUACAGUGGUCUCCAUAUUUCAGUGAAGCUGAUCUUCUUCAACAGUUUAGUUCAAUGUCCGAUCAGGGAACACGAAUAGUUAUAUACAAUCUAUGGGAGGAUGACCAAGGAGAGCUGGAACUUGAUUUUGGUGCUGAUAUUCACGAUAUCCAGAUUAGAGGUGUUAACCGAGAUGAGAAAAAGAUAGAAAUGUUCAAGAAAUUCCCUAAUUCCAGACAUUUCCUGACAUAUCGGCAUUCACUAAGGAGUUAUGCAUCGAUUCUUUAUCUCAGAAUUCCACCUAGUUUCAGAAUGAUCCUACGUGGUAAGGAAGUUGAACACCACAAUCUUGUGGAUGAUAUGCUGCUAAAGCAUGAAGUCGUUUACAAGCCCCAACCAGUUGCCAAUGGACUUCUGAAGGAUUCAAAUAUGGUUGCUGUUGUGACGGUUGGUUUUGUGAAGGAUGCAAAAGAUCAUAUUGAUGUUCAAGGAUUUAAUGUCUAUCACAAGAAUCGGCUGAUAAAGCCUUUUUGGAGGGUCUGGAAUGCUGCAGGAAGUGAUGGACGUGGAGUAAUAGGUGUCUUGGAGGCAAAUUUUGUUGAACCAGCUCACGACAAACAAGAUUUUGAGCGCACAACUGUGCUAUCAAGGCUUGAAGCACGUCUGGUUAAGUUUCAGAGAGAAUACUGGUCAAAAAACUGCCAUCAAAUUGGCUAUGCUCCAAGGUGUAAAAAGAAACUUGUAAAUGAUUCAGAAGAUAGGGUGAGAUCUCUGGAAGCUCCUUGUCAGCCAUCAUUUAGGCAUUCGAGGAAGGAAACUUCUCCAAGCAAGGUGACACCUGAAGUCAGCAAAUCAAAAAAUUUUAAGCAUCAAAAUACCGAGAAGUUCUCUUUACCCUCAAACCACAAUAUGGGAAAAGCUGACACUCCACCUGUUGGAUCAGAAAAACUGGAGAAUUUGAGAAGUGUGAAUGGACAUGAUUCUUUUAUGAAAGAAAAUGGAUUAAAUGGUGCUGAGAGGCUUGAAAAUAUGUUCCAUUCUCCACAAUCAAUUUUUAAUGGAAUACCCCAUGCUUUAGCUGAUCUGAGUGAUUCUGAGACUGAAUACAUAUUUGAUAGGAGAUCUGAACAUGAAUUGGGUGGUUCAAAGGCAUCUCCUCAGAAAUCCUUCCAAAAAUAUACAAAGGCAACUGAUGCAAUAUGCAAUGGACAUGGGACUGGCUUCGAGGACACUAAUCUUAGCAUUGAGAAACUAACUCGUGAGAAUGAGGCAUUGAAGAAAAGAAUUAAGGAGAUGGAGGACUUGUUAGAUGAAUUGCAAUAUGAGAGGGACAGAAAUAAAUCACUGACCAAGCAACUGGAAGCAGUACAAAAUAAGCUAGAAGAGGCAAACAAGGAACAAGAUGCUUUAACUGACAUAUUUCAAGAUGAAAGAAAUCGGAAAGACAAAGUUGAGGAUAGCUUGAGGAAAGAAUUAAAGGCUGCUUUGGCUACCAUACAAGAUUUGUCAGAGAAGCUAAAUUAUAACAAUAAUGUCAAACUGGAAAAUUAGGUUGCAGGUGAAGCUGAAGACUUUCUCCUUUAUGACAACCAUUAUUUGUUCAAGACUCGAUUAUUGGCUUACCAUUAUCCAGCAUUUCUAAAUUCCCAGCAGUGAUCACUAAAUGAUCAAAAAAUAACGAGCAAGUGACUUCUGAAAUGACUGGUGUUCCAACAUGCUAAUGAUAAUUCAUGAUUUUCUGA